AUGUCUUUAUCGAGGUCCUACCUCAGCGACGUGAAGACCCCUCUCUUUUUAUUCUUAAUGUUUACACCCCCCCCACGCGUCACCAAAGACCUGUCGCUCGUUGCUCUGCUCCGUGCCGCUGCAGCGAGAGCAGCCAAAUCCCCCCUCCUCGUUCUCGGUGACUUCAACGUCAGGCAUCCGGACUGGGGUUACUCCAAGGCCGAUGGCCCCGGCACGAGGCUGUGGCAGCUCGCACACGACCUCCACCUCUCCCUGCUCACCGACCCCACGCAACCCACGCGCAUCGGCAACAGCGUGUGCCGCGACACCACUCCGGACCUCAGCUUUUGCCGUUACGUGCACGACGCGCGCUGGUCCAAUACACAUCAGUCCCUGGGCAGCGACCACUACGUCCUCGCCAUCCAAGCCCGUACCUCCCCGUGCAAGCCGCGCCCACACACGACCCGCUGUACGGAUUGGGAUGCCUUCCGAGCCCGCCGGCUGCACUCUGCCGCCCCCGACAUCGAGGACCUUUCGAUGUGGACCGACCAGCUACUGGCGGACCUCGACGGGGUCACCGCCUCGAUCCCCACCACGGAGGACCAUCCGGCAAUUGACUCCCGCCUCGCCCACCUGUUAGCCGCUCGCACGAGCCUGACCAGCCAUUGGCAUAAGCAACGUCACAACCGUCGCCUGCGCCGCCGCAUCGCAUACCUCGAUCGCGAGAUCGAGCAUCACACAACUGUGCUCGCCCGCCAACAGUGGGAGCAGCUUUGCUCAGGGAUCUCCGGUCAGCUGGGCUGCAAGCAAUCCUGGCAUCUCCUCCGCCACCUCCUCGACCCUGCUUCCGCCAAGUCAGUCGCUCGGCAACAAUUACAACGCGUUGUCCGGGCCUACCCCGGCGACACACCGUCGCUGAUAGCAGACCUGGCCGCCAAAUACCUCCAGCUGCCACCCCCUGGCACCUCUUCUCCCCCUCUCACGUCCUACUCCGGGGCCCCCAACCCCGAACUAGAUGCCGAUAUCACGGAAGCUGAAGUCUACGCCGCGCUACACAAGCUCCGCACCACCUCCGCCCCCGGUCCAGAUCGCAUUCCCAACAAACUUCUCCGAAAUCUUGAUGCCCCUUCGGUCCUUGCCCUCACUUCGUUCCUGAAUGAGUGCUGGCGCUCCGGCAACCUCCCCCAGUCGUGGAAACACGCUCGCGCGGCUUUCAUCCCGAAGCCGGACGCUCACCACCUCCUUCCCCACACCAUGAUUGGUUUCCGCCCCCACCUCUCCACACAAGACGUCCUCUUGCAACUCCACCACGACCUUCUCGAUCCGCCCACCUUCUCGGACACUAAGGCUCUCCUUAGCCUCGACCUUCACAAGGCGUUCGACAACGUCUCCCAUUUGGCUAUUCUUACCGAACUCGCCACCAUCAACCCUGGCUCUCGCACCUACCACUACAUUCACUCCUUCCUCACGGCCCGCACGGCCGAAAUCAUCGUGGGAGAUCUCUCGUCUCCCACGUAUGCACUUGGAUCUCGUGGUACCCCUCAGGGCGCCGUCUUGUCACCUUUUCUUUUUAAUCUCGCCCUUCGCUCACUUCCCGACAAGCUCGACCGUAUCCCCGAUCUCAAACACACCCUGUACGCGGACGACGUAACUCUUUGGGUCACGUCUGGCUCCGACGGGCACAUUGAGCAGACGUUGCAACGCGCAACUGACGUCGUCACGAGUCACGUGCACGCGGCCGGUCUCGCUUGCUCGGCGGCCAAAUCGGCCCUCCUCCUCAUGCGGCCCCCCGACCGGCGUCGCCACAAGACGCCUCACCCCACCAUCACGAUUCACGCCAAUUCUACUCCCGUUCCCGUCGUCUCGCAUCUCCGGGUGCUUGGGCUGAUAGUACAGUCAAACCGCCAUAAUGCUCACACCAUCGACCAGCUCUCGCUUUCGGUUCAGCAAACCGCGCGCAUGCUCGCUCGUGUCCGAGCGCGGCGCAUCGGCAUGCGCGAACACGAUCUCCUCCGCCUAGUCGACGCUUUCGUCGUUUCCCGUCUCACGUACGGCCUUCCUUAUACGCGUCUUCUCAAAUCGGAACGCGACAAGGUCGACGUCCUCAUCCGCCGUGCAUACAAGACUGCUCUCGGCCUUCCCCCCAACGCGUCCACGGCGCGUCUCCUCCGCCUGGGAGUCCACAACACGCUCGACGAACUGAUCGAAGCUCACCGCACCGCUCAGGUGCAACGCCUUCAUCGUUCGCCGACCGGUCGCUACAUCCUCUCUUCCAUCGGUCAUGACACGUCUUCUCACCCACCAGACCUGGUCUCACUACCGCAUGCUCUUCGGGCAGCCUUUUCCAUCAAGCCGCUACCCAAGAAUAUGCUCGCGGGACACCACGACGCCCGUCGCCAAGCCCGUGCGGCCAUGCUUCACGCCAAGUACGCCGACCACCCGGCCAUCGCCUACGUGGAUGCGGCCCGAUACGCCUCGCCCGGGGACGCCUUCGCAGUCGUCUCCGUCUCCCCCUCCUCGGCACACUCGGCACCCUUGGGGCCGAUAAUCACGGCCGCCACCGUUCGAACGCCCUACGUCGUCGAGGCUGAGGAGGCGGCCAUCGCUUUAGCCGCCACCUCGACCGACGCCAGCGUAAUACUCUCCGACUCCAAGCACGCCAUCUCCAAUUUCGCCCGAGGUCUCGUCUCGCCUACCACCUUACGGCUCCUUCGCCCACUUCUACUGGAGGACGAACCGUGUCACAUUGAACUGGUCUGGGUUCCCGCCCACUCGGGUCACCCCGGCAACGAGUUGGCUCACCAACACGCUCGAGGAUUCGUCGACCGAGCGGUGGGCCCCUCCGCGUCGGACGCCCCGGUGCCGGAGCCCCUGGUCACCUACCACGACAUUACCCAGCACUAUCGCCUCGAACGGUACGCCUACCCACCCCCACAUGGCAGUCUUCCCAAGCGGUCCGAGAUCGCCUGGCGUCGCCUCCAGACCCGCACCUUUCCGUGCCCGCUAGUGUAUUCGCACAUCCACCCUGGUGUCAUUGAUCCACGCUGCUGCCUGUGCGGUGACGUUGCCUCCUUAAACCACAUCCUCUGA